AUGGCCAGAGGCUCAGGGUCAUUUGGACUGUCCUCAGCGCGUGGACGAGGAAGAGGAAGCUUUCGCGGUGGAUUUCGAGGAGGAAGUUCAUGGCGCGGUGGACGCGGGAGAGGAAGGGGUGGGGCGAAGACGGGCAGCGCCGCGCCAGUUCGCGAGGACGAUGGAACCCAACUAGCCGAGAGGUUCGAAAGGGUCGCACAAGAAGACGAGGUCGACGAGAAACUCGGAUUUGGGAGGGCUGAUCAAGGAGUGAGGAAGGAGGGGUGGUUGAUCAAUAUGCAUCCAACCCUCGUCAAAGAUCCAGAUUGGCCCUCAGGAAGAGCUGCGGUGGAUUACUACUUUAUCGAGGAUGAUGGCUCCAUGUUCAAGGCAACGUACCAAUACGAACCUUAUUUUUUCAUCGGGUGCAAGGCUGGGACAGAGACCAUGAUUGAAGAAUGGCUGAACAAGAAGUACGAAGGUUUAAUUUACCGCAUUGUGCGAGAGAAGAAGGAAGACCUACGGCAACCGAACCACCUCAUGGGCCAUCGUCGACUCUAUCUCCAGCUAUGUUUCCGCAACAUUUCAGACCUCUUAACAGUUCGACGCGAUGUCGUCCCCCUCGCCCUUGAGAACAGCGCAAAACGAGAUGCUGUCGACGCAUACGCAGAGGUUAUUCGUGCCACUACGGACGCUGCUAUGGACAUCGAGUUCGAGGACGACGAGGGCGGGAUGGGUGGCGGUGGGAGCAGCCGAGCCAAAGUUGCCGGAUUGCGAGACACAGACCCUCGAGAGUGCAUCAUCGACGCCCGCGAAUUCGAUGUGCCCUUCUACCUUCGCGUGGCAAUCGACGUCGAAAUCCGAGUCGGACUGUGGUACGCCGUGACCUUCACGGAGGGUCAACCUUCGUUCGCCCUGCUUCCCGAACGUGUCAAGCGUGCCGACCCUGUGGUUAUGGCCUACGAUAUCGAAACCACCAAGGCACCUCUCAAGUUUCCUGACCAAGCAAUUGACCAGGUCAUGAUGAUUUCAUACAUGGUAGAUGGGCAAGGUUACUUAAUCACCAACCGGGAGAUCGUCAGCGAAGAUAUCGAGGACUUCGAGUAUACACCGAAGGAAGGUUAUGAAGGUCCUUUCAUUAUCUUCAACGAACCGGACGAGGCCGCCACGAUAAAACGCUUCUUCUCGCAUAUCCAAGAGGUCAAGCCAACAGUCAUGGCGACAUUCAACGGUGAUUUCUUUGAUUUCCCAUUCCUUGAUGCCCGCGCGAAGGCCAACGGCAUAGACAUGUUCUUGGAGACUGGGUUUACCAAAGACUCAGAGGACGAGUACAAGAGCAGGUGCUGCGUCCAUAUGGACUGUUUCCGCUGGGUAAAACGCGAUUCCUACCUCCCUCAAGGUAGUCAAGGCUUGAAAGCUGUAACGACCGCGAAACUCGGUUACAACCCCAUUGAACUCGAUCCAGAGCUGAUGACGCCGUAUGCCAUGGAACAGCCCCAGGUCCUAGCUCAGUACUCCGUUUCCGAUGCUGUGGCAACUUAUUAUCUGUACAUGAAAUAUGUGCAUCCAUUCAUUUUCUCGUUGUGCAACAUCAUACCUCUCAAACCGGACGAAGUACUGCGGAAAGGAACCGGUACCUUGUGUGAGACCCUUCUCAUGGUUGAGGCAUAUCGCGCACAUAUCAUCAUGCCGAAUAGGCACGAAGAGACUCAUGGAAAUAUGUACAAUGGGCACCUACUUGCUUCAGAAACAUACGUCGGAGGUCACGUCGAGGCUUUGGAAGCUGGUGUAUUUAGGAGCGACAUCCCUACGGAUUUCAAGAUUGUCCCCUCUGCAGUCCAACAGCUCAUCAACGAUCUUGACGCUGCUCUCAAGUUUUGCAUCACAGAAGAAUCGAAGUGCUCCCUUGAACUCGUGACAAAUUAUGACGAAGUCAAGGCCGAAAUCACCGCUGCCCUCGAAGUCAUGCGCGACAACCCAAAACGCGUUGACAAGCCGUUGAUUUACCAUCUAGAUGUGGCUGCUAUGUACCCCAACAUCAUGCUAUCCAAUCGCCUGCAGCCCGACUCGAUGGUUGACGAAUCCGUGUGCGCCGUAUGCGAUUACAACCGUCCCGGAAAGACCUGCGAUCGUCGACUGGAAUGGGCGUGGAGAGGGGAGUUCUUCCCUGCGCACCGUGACGAGUUCAACAUGAUUAAGCACGCGUUAAACCAGGAAAUGUUUCCCUCUAAGCGUCCUGGUGGCCCGCAAAGGAAGUUUGCAGACCUCAGUGAGGCCGAACAGACCGCUCUUUUGCACAAACGUCUCGGCGACUAUUCGCGCAAGGUAUACAAGAAGAGCAAGGAUACCAAGGUCGAAAAUAGGGAGUCCAUCGUAUGCCAGAAGGAAAACCCUUUCUACGUCGAUACCGUGCGGAGGUUCAGAGAUCGCCGUUACGAAUACAAGGGCCUUCUCAAGACGUGGAAGAAGAAUCUCGACACCGUAGUGAGUGAAGGCCGGAGCAUCGGGGAAGUCGACGAGGCGAAAAAGAUGAUCGUGCUGUACGACUCGCUACAACUCGCUCACAAAUGUAUCCUCAACACCUUCUACGGAUACGUGAUGCGUAAAGGUGCCCGAUGGCACUCCCUGGAGAUGGCUGGCAUAACAUGCUUGACUGGUGCUACAAUUAUCCAAAUGGCGCGAGCUCUGGUCGAACAGAUCGGACGCCCGCUGGAGCUGGACACGGACGGUAUAUGGUGCAUGCUUCCCGGCGUAUUCCCAGAAAACUUCAAAUUCAAGCUCAGCAACGGCAAAUCCAUCGGCUUCUCAUAUCCUUGCACCAUGCUGAAUCACCUCGUUCACGCCCAAUUCACCAACCAUCAGUACCACGACCUUGACCCCAAUACAGGAGAAUACAUUGUCCACAGCGAGAACUCCAUCUUCUUCGAGCUGGAUGGCCCUUACAAGGCGAUGAUCCUUCCAUCGUCGAAGGAGGAGGACAAGCUUUUGAAGAAAAGAUAUGCGGUUUUCAAUGACGACGGGUCUCUUGCAGAAUUGAAGGGUUUCGAGGUCAAGCGUCGUGGCGAAUUGCAGUUGAUCAAGAUUUUCCAGUCCCAGAUUUUCGAGAAGUUCCUCCUCGGCACCACCCUCACUGAAUGUUACGCUGCUGUCGCCCACGUCGCGGACCAAUGGCUCGACAUCCUAUUCAGCAAGGCAGAGACAUUGAGCGACGAAGAGCUAGUUGACCUCAUUGCCGAGAACAGAAGCAUGUCGAAGACUCUGGCAGAGUACGGAGGUCAGAAGUCGACCUCAAUCAGCACCGCAAAGCGUUUGGCAGAGUUCUUGGGUGACCAGAUGGUCAAGGACAAGGGUUUGGCGUGCAAGUUCAUCAUCUCAGUGAAGCCCAUGGGAGCACCUGUAACUGAACGUGCCGUUCCUGUCGCCAUCUUCUCUGCUGAAGAGACUGUUAAGAGGACAUAUCUUCGCCGAUGGUUGAAGGACAGCAGUCUCGUCAACUUCGACCUGCGCUCCAUCUUGGACUGGGAGUACUACAUUGAGCGUCUCGGGUCGGUCAUCCAGAAGCUGAUCACGAUCCCGGCUGCGAUGCAGAAGGUCUCUAACCCCGUCCCUCGAAUUCGCCAUCCAGAUUGGCUGCACCGGCGCGUGGCAGGCGCCGUCGAUAAGUUCAAGCAGAACAAAGUAACGGACUUCUUCAAGGCCAAGGAUGAUGCGGGCAAGGAAGAGACCCAGCCUAUGGAUAUCGAAGAUAUUGGGUCCGCAUCGACAAAUGCUCUCCGCAAGCGUUUGACCGUCAGCGAACCGACGUUUAUUCGCGAGCAGACACCGGAGAUCGAAGACAACGAUAACGCGCCCUUGCCAGAUCCAUCUGUCAAUUAUUCCGCGUGGAUUCGAGCCAUGCGUCCUCGCUGGAAGAAGAAGCAUGCAGCACGCUGGGGUGGCGGGAAUUCAUCAACCGUUGUUCCUUCUAUGUUCAAGUCAGCUCGAGUAAGAACAAAUCAUCGCUGGGACAUCGUUCAAAUGCGAGAAAGCAAGACCCCUGGCCGGUUCAUCCUUUGGUUAUCCAUCGACACGGAGCUGGUUCCCGUUCCUCUCCGCAUACCCCGAGAGUUUUACAUCCACCUCAAGAAGCCUGUUGAGAACAUUUUCCGCCCCGAGUACUAUUCGUGCACGAAGGUUACACGGAAUCUGCCCCGAGACGCGCCUUGUACGAAUCUCUACAAGAUCGUCGUAAAGGAGGAAGUGUAUCAGGAUAUUCAGGAGCACUUCAUCGACAUCACCAAUGAUCCUAACGUCGACGGCGUGUAUGAACUCCAGGUUCCCCUCGUCUUGCGAGGACUCAUGCGACUUGGCAAAACCUGCGCACUGGAAGAUACGACGCUCACAUUGAACAGGGCUCGGCAAGUCGGUUUCGACCUUAAUCAGCUCGAUCGGUGUACCACGUCGUCCUCUCAUCAACCUUACCUUAAGGGUGGAAAAGCUGGAAAAUAUCUCUUCCUGUACCAUGCCUCAGCAGCGAACGGCAACCUGCACGUGUAUGCCCUCUUCCUCCCCAAUGGCAUUGCGAAGCUAUUUCUGGUGGAUCCGGCGAAUCGUCGGCAACCAAUUGCACGCCUGCCAGAUCAGUACACCACCCUCCUUCAGAAGAAACAUCAGGCGUAUGGACCCAACACCUCCGUGGACUAUCCCACAUCUGUAGAAUUCUCGCAUACAUACCACUCAUCGGAAGUUACGGCCCUCAAGGCCAUUUCUCGAGAGCUGGGGCUCUUGGAAGAGAGGUCCUUUACGGUCGUCAUAUCCUCGAGCAAGGAUGUGUCAUAUUUCGAGCGUCUAGCGCCAAAGUUAGCUAAAUUUCCCAUUCUUGCGAUGUCGCAGGCCAAAGGUCCACACUCUCUCGACGUCUUCCCUUGGCAGUCUCACGUGGGCCAGAAGAUGCUGAAUCGUUAUAUCUCCCUUGCAACAUGGAUCGACCGGGUCACCGCCCUGGCUGAUUACUACGAUGUGCCAAUUGGGCACAUCGAGGGAGACCAGCCCCUCCUGCUCGCCGACAUCAGCUUCUCGCGGAGACUCGUCCAGCAAGAUAUGGUUCUCUGGUGGUCCCCAGGUGAUUGGCCAGACCUUGGCGGGAUCGAGAACGACAGAAGGCAGACGGAGCCUUUCCCCAAGACGGACUUCCAGUCUUCUGGUGUCUUUUCGAAUGUCUGCUUGGAGAUUACGGUGCGCAACUUGGCUGUCAACUCCGUUUUGCAGUCGGUCCUGGUCAACGAAUUGGAGGGCAGUGGAGGUGCGACGGCGUUUGAUUCGGUAUCACAUACGAUCAACGAGUACUCGAACGGAGAGACUCAACGCGAUUUAACACUGGGGGAGGCUCAGAUAUCUGCGCAGACGUUCGGAAUCUUGAAGGGCAUGGUGAAGACAUGGCUGCUGGAUAAGAUUCAAGAUGGAGCGGAGAGUCCGGCUACACUAGCCAUCGACCAUUUCUGGCGUUGGGUUAGCUCAAGGGCGUCGCAGCUCUACGACCCCAGCAUCCAUCGGUUCAUCCACGGGCUCAUGCGCAAGACGUUUAUUCAACUCCUGGCCGAAUUCAAGCGACUUGGCUCACACGUUGUUCAUGCCGAUUUCAGCUCCAUCUUGCUGUCGACGUCCAAGCCACCCGGGACGGCACAUGCCUACGCAACAUACAUCACGACGGCAGUAACGAGCCACGAAUUGUUCCAGCAUAUCUACUUGCAUACGGAACGCUUCUACGAUUUCCUCGUGUUCAUGGAUUCUGCCAACAUGGGCGGGAUUGUGUGCGAGGAUCCUUUGGCAGUCGGACCUCCCGAGGAGCUGUGUAUGGAGAUGAGGUGGAACAUCCAGCAAUUCCUGCCGUCGGAGAUCCAGAAAGACUUCGAGACCGUCAUCCAAUAUUAUAUCGCAGAACUGUUCAAGAUUCGACGGGAUGCCAAUGCAGCGUCUAGGGUACCUUUACGACCGCUGCAGAACGGAGAGGGCCCAGACUCUACCCAACGAGACGAGUCCAAGGUGAAAGAGAAGGACAAAACAUUGGAGUUCAUCGCCAGGAAGUUGACGAGGAAGAUGCUCAGGACGGUCGAAAGCAUCCAAGACAGGUAUCACUCCUAUCUCACGAACGAGAAGUCUCCUCUGGACUUCGAGUUCCCUGUUCUUCCUGGGUCGUAUCUGCAUCUCAGCAACCCUACACUCGAGUUCAUCAAGUUCGCGUGUAUAGUGUUCUCACUGUUGAAGGAGUAUCAAGUCGAGAUGGGAAUCAUGAAGCGGAACCUGCUCGAGCUCAUCAACAUCCGAGAGUUUGCUGGCGAGGCGACGUUCCGCAACCCCUGCGAGCCGCUCAAGCUUUCCAACGUGCCAUGCAGACAUUGUGACCUUUUGCGUGACUUCGACUUCUGCCGCGACCCAGAGCUGCUUCCAAACAACAUCGACGUAAACCCCAAGUGGCUAUGCACGAAUUGCGGCGGCGAAUACGACCGUGUCGCCAUCGAGUUCGAGCUCAUCGACAUGACACGAAAUCUGGAGCGAGUCUUCGCUCAGCAAGACCUGAGGUGCUCCAAGUGCCAGCAGAUCCAGUCGGACAACGUCUCGCGGUAUUGCAAGUGCUCGGGGUCGUAUCAAUUCACGAUGAACAAGGCUGACAUGCGGAGGAAGCUGCGGACAAUCGUGAACGUGGCCAGGGAGUAUAAUCUGCCACGACUAAAAGAAUGCGCCCAGUCUGUGCUUGCAAGUUGGUAA